CAAGGUGGGCUUUACAUCAAAUAGUUCCUACAACAGCAUUCUCAUUGCUUAAUGCAUAGUGUUAUAUAUGGCUUCUAAAUCUGCAUGUUACUACUCUCUCAUAACCAUCACUCAAUUCCUUCUCAUUUGCACUGCUGAAAAACCGAUACGUCCCUUUGAAUAUCUGUAUCAAUUUGGAGAUUCAAAAGCAGAUACUGGUAAUCUCAUUCGCUUAGGUUCUAUUGGCGCAGGAACUGCAGCUGCCCGCCUUCCAUACAGUGAAACUUUCUUCCAUAGACCCACUGGCCGCUGGUCUGAUGGACUUCUUAUCACAGACUUCUUUGCUAUGGCUCUUCAACUCCCAUUGCUUAAUCCUUAUUUGGAAAGGAAUGCUUCAUUUGAUCAUGGUGCCAACUUUGCGGUAGCUGGAUGUACAACGCUCGACAGUUCAUUUCUAGCUGCAAGGGGCAUUCAAACCCCAAUUAUCAAUACUCCUCUUCGGCCCCGUUUGGGGACUUACUUUUUAGUCAACUAGUUAAAAAGUUACUAAAUUAACCAAAAAGCCAACAACUCAAACCAAAAAGUCAAAGAUUCUCUUUUCUCUCUACUUUUUGCACAUCUUUUCGUAAUUAGUCAAAAAGUCAUCCCAAACAUACAAGUUUUUUUUACCUACCUUUUUAGCCAAAUAACCAAAAAGUUACUAAAUUAACCUGUUCCAAAACGAGGCCUUAGUGCUCAACUAAAU